AUGGAAUCGGCAAUGGAAGGAGCUUCAGAGUUCACCAGGCGUUUGCCGCCCACUUCGUCCAUUUCAGCCCCAAUUAUUCGUGCGUCGAGCAUGCCGAAUAUACCUGAACUCCCGUUACUAGACUCUGCGCUUGAAGCCGAUAUCAAUUAUCACAAAGAGAGCAUUCUCCCAUCGCCUGGGCUGGCCCCAAUCCCGGAAGAAAGCCCUGAGGACAAUGACGGCCAGGACCUAAACCCACCGAUACCGGGAAUGAACAGCUCGCCUACUGAAUUUGAAUUUUCGAAUCCAAUGAGCGAUCUGUCAAAUCCGUAUUCCUCAACACCAGCUGCAUUGAAUCCAACAACUAUUCUCGCUCCCGAAGUGGGUCAAGAUGGUCCUAUCAUCGCUCUAUCACCCACACUAUCUCCACUCGUAAACUUUUUAUCACCAGACAACAAUGAUGGUAAUGGAGAUACAUCAUCUGUAGCAUCAAUAGUCGAUGAUUCAGAUUCAGUCUUUGAUGAUGGACAAUCAGAAAACUCAUCCAGAUACACAGCCUCACUGUUAUCCGAUGUUAAAAACUACGCUUAUGAAAAUGGAAGACGUUAUCACUCAUACCGCGAAGGCCACUACGUCCUUCCCAACGACGAACCAGAGCAAGAUCGACAGGAUCUACUCCAUCACGUCCGGAACCUCGUGCUCAACGGCCGGCUCUUCCGAGCCCCACUGGACAAUCAUAUCCAACGCGCUCUCGACAUCGGCACCGGCACCGGAAUCUGGGCUAUUGAUUUUGCAGACAGCUUCCCUAGUACUGAGGUAACCGGCACCGAUCUAAGUCCCAUCCAGCCGUCAUGGGUCCCACCUAAUCUUCGCUUUGUGGUGGACGACGCUGAAUCGCAAUGGCUUUAUAGCCCAAGCCGCCCCUUUGACUUCAUCCAUGCCCGGGAUCUCGGCGGUGCUAUCGCCGACUGGCCGCGGCUGAUGCGUCAGAGCUACGAGCACCUACGUCCCGGUGGAUGGGUUGAGUUGCAGGAGUUUGAAGUUAUGCUCAAGUCAGACGAUGAUUCGAUUCGUCUCGCACCGGCCUUGUGCGAGUUUCUUGAACGACUGACUCAGGCCAGUGAGGCAUUUCACCGACCUAUGAAUAUCGCCGAAGGUCACCGGCAGCGGCUAGUUGAGGCUGGUUUUGAAGAUGUGAGAGAUGAGGUGUACAAGGUGCGACCCCGUUCCCCUUCCCUGCCCCCGGUCUUCUGA